CAGGAGCCGCCACGUGCGUGCAUGGAUGCGUGCAAGGCUGGAGUGGGGGGGCAAGAUGUGUGAAGAUUCGUGCGGCUUCCUCAAAGUGACACUCAAAGUAAGUCCCGCAUCAUUUCUCGGGUCUGUUUUGGGGGCUGUGAGGGGGUUGAAGCACACUUUGGUGAUUGAUUUGAAGAAUUGCACUUUAGGACUACUUGCAAAUCGGUUAUGGUAAUAUAUAUUUGUUAAUUUGCUUGGUAAAAUAAAGAAAUAUAUAUAUAAUUAAUUAUUGUUUGUAAAGCUCUUGCAACCAUGUCAACAUGUCCUUGAGGAAGGUUUUCAUUCCUCAUUGCGCAUGACGAUGUGGAGGCAGCGUUAAAGUGCUUUGUGUACCUUGAAGGUAGAAAAGUGGCGUACGAGUAAAAGGCCAUUUUUUAUGAGACUUAUAAAAAGAGAAAAAUAAUAGUCGGUAAAUGUUGAGUAAAAAAUGAAAAAAAUGAAUUGAAUAAGUCAUUUAAAACAUAUAGUUGUAAUGUAAAUUAAUUCAAAAUGAUUCAGAAUUAAAUAGAAACUAACAUGUUGAGUAAAAAAAAAAAAAUGAAUAAGUCAUUUAAAACAUAGAAUGUAUAGUUGUAAUGUAAAUUAUAUCAGACUGAUUCAAAAUGAAAUAGAAACUAACAUAUUCAUUUGAAUACUUAUCGAAACAAGGUCUGCUUACAAAAAAAAAUAAUCACACUGUUUUGAUACCGGUAAUUUGAUAAUACACAAUUGGGUGUCAUUGCAAACAGCCACUCGCAAGAGGGUGUGUACACAUAUGCAACCAGUUCCAAUCGACUGUUAUCGAUCGAUCAAAGGUUUCGAAAUAAUUCCACUUGGUCUCAUUGUAUAUCUUGAGAACCCCAGGCAUUUGGAUAGGGGUGUGUAGACUUUUUCUGUGGCCUGUAAAUAAAGCUAAAGUACAUCUGUGCAUGUAAACAUAGUUUACAUGGCAUGCAUCUAUUUGCACUGGCACUCCGGGGAAGAUGAUUAGCUAGAUAUGAGCCAGCCUUCUGCAUGAGCAGCCACAUAAACUCAGGGACCGUGUGUGUGCGUGUGUGUGUGUGUGUGUGUGUGUGUGCGUGUGUGUGUGUAUUUGGCCGCUGGUGAAAAUGAAUGUGAAACUGAGAGAUAAGCAAUGACAGUGUGGGUCCAGGAGGCGGUGGGAGGGUUGUCGUCUCAUCGCGACACUUUGGAGCAUCUACUGUAAACAAGAACGAGGUUAUUAUGGUGCUAAAGUGAGCGCCCGGCCCGGGAUUGAUUGCGCAAUGAUCGACCCCGUCGAGCCCAGCGUGCCGGACGGCGCGGAGGAAGCGCCGUGCACCGUGUGCUGCUGCACGCAGACCAACAAAAUCCUCAUGGUGGUCUUCAUGGCGCUGCUGAUCUUGGCCAUCGUCUUUGGUAACCUUCUGACCUUGGCGGUGGUCUUGGGCACCAAGCGCUUCCGCACGCCGCAGGGUUACCUGAAGGCCUCGCUAGCCGCGGCCGACCUAGCGGUGGGCGUCUUCGUGGUGCCGCUAUCCGUCUACGCCGAACUCCGACUCAUGGCUGGCGAUUCCGCGCCCGAGUGGACCGCGUCCAACUCCCGCUCCAUGAGCGUCCACCCUUGCGCCGUGAUGGGACCCAUCUUCGCCGGCUGCACCUUGGUGUCCAUCACCACCAUCUUCUUAAUGACCAUCGAGCGGAGCAUCGCCGUGCUGAGGCCGCUGCAUAAGGACUCGGUGAUCACUCGGAAACGGACCAGCAUCCUUAUCGCCUCGUCCUGGCUGGGGAGCUUCUUCCUCGCCGUGUCGCCGUUGCUCUUCAGCCGCGAGAUCGUCCUGGAGUACAACACCUGCAGCCGCAUGUGCAACUACGCCUUGGGAACCAUCGGCGAGUUCCCGUCGCAGGCCUGGAACAUCUUGUUGCUUUUCCCGGCUUUCGAUUUCACCCUGCUGGGCGGGACGGUGGCCAUCAACAUCAUCUCGCUGUCCAGCAUCCGCCAGCACUCCAAGCGCAGGAAGCACCUAGCCGAGACGGAGUGCCAGAAAGCUAGCAAGCCCACCUUCUCCGACAUCAAAGCGGCCAAGACCAUCGGGACGCUGACGGUGGCCUUCACCGCUUCCUUCACCCCCAUCGCCGUUUUUGUGGUAGGCAACGUUGUGGGCAACGAGUGGUGCAACUUCUCCUUCUUCGCCUUUUGGAUUUUGGCCAGCAACAGCUGCUGCAACGUGAUCAUCUACAGCGUGCGCGAUCACAAGUUCCGGCUGUGCGCGCAGAAGUUGCUCUUGAGAGACGCCAACAAGAGCUCGAGACGGACUUGAGUUUUCUUCUUCGUCUUUUUGGUCAAGUAUGAAUGUCAGUCAGGUGGACAUCUUGACGAGAUUCCAAUUCAGACUUGGGAUUUGUCGUUACGUUGUGGUUGAUGAUGGUCCGGGUUGGCUACUCCAACUUAAAGUUGUUAACGGGUCUGUGCAAUCGGUUGUUUGGUAAAAUUGUUAACAGAGUGUUGGUUAGUUGUUGGAAUGGAAGAUGAAACCUAAACUUAACCGUCUUUGUUGAGAGCCCUACUACCCCCUCCAACUUCAACCUACCACGUCUAACUCCCAUUCCCCAUCCUUCCUUGCUUCCUCCUUCCUUGCUAACCCCGAAGGAGGCUCGUCUUGUUCUCUGUGAAGCUGUGCGUGAAAUGGUUUUGUCAUCUGAGCUCAAUAAUAAUAAUAAUAAAAAAAGCGUGUUACA